AUGAGUUAUUUGGGAGUUGGGCUUGGGCAGUGGGCCUCUGGUUUGAUGAAGGAACGAGAGAAGGAGAGGGUAAAGGAGACAAUACCUGAGCGGGUGGAGACGACGGUGAAGCCAAUGGUGGAGGCGAUGACGGAGCAGAGGGAGACGAAGCAGCUGGUGAGGGCGACGGUGGAACAGAAGGAGAUGAAGCCGCUGGUGGAGGUGAUGGCGGGGCAGAGGGAGACGCCCCAAUUGGGAUCUCCGGCGAUGGAGAUUUAG